AAAUGGCGGGAAGGUCACCGUUCAAACGUCACUAAACUUGGCGGGAGAACUGUUAGGGUGCUGUAAUCGUGCUCGAUUUGUGGUUCUGUGACUUAAUUUUACCUCUUCCUGUUCAUGGUGGCUAUCCGCUGAGUAUUGCUGUGACAAGCCGUCAAGAUGACAGACUUUAAGUUUGUGAUACCACUGAGUCUUCAGAUGCUAGAAGAGUCCAAUUCUAGCAAGCAGUAUGUGGUUACCAAUGUGUUUACAGCUUGGGAAAUAAGUAACAACAUAAAAGAUGUCCAGGCAAGUUUGCGGCAGGAUGGAACUGAAUUCAUACUCAAACAGAAAUGUUUUGACACAUUGUACAGUGUGUUAGUAAACUUUUCUUCAGUUGAUGGAGAAAUUCAGCGGCACUCAUGGGACCUGAUGGUGAAAGCAAUGGGGAAACUGGUGUCAGAAGUGGGUCACAUUAUUGAUGGUGAUUUGACUGGUUCUUCAAAGGCUAAAUGGCUGAAUAUCAUAAAGAUGACCACAUUUAUAGCUUGCAAACUGAUUGAUGCAAUGGAAAAUAAAUACAACAAUACUUCAGAUAUUCUUGUAACUGGCAAGGGGAGAAAGAAGCCUCCUAAGGAUACUGAUCAGGGCCACUGGGAGGAGGACCGGAACAAUAUGUUGGUCCAUCUAUAUACUUUGAUCCAGUAUCCUCUGCAGCGCUUGUGGGAACCACCUGUUGUGGAGGAUGAUUUUGUGAUCUUAAUUGGUGAUUCCUGCUAUAAGAUGCUGGAGUCUCCCAACAUGGCUUUGGUGCGAACCAAGGAUACACGUACUUCCAUGUUCCAGAUUAUAGGUACACUUGUCAAGAAGUUCAACCAUGGGAUGGCAUGUUCACUGAAAAUUUUGCAGCUGCUACGAACAUAUGAACAUAUGGUGUCUCCUGCAGCUCAAGGAGUCAUUCUCCUCAUCCAGACAUUUGGAGAUAAAUAUGUUUUGCCUGAGAUUAUCAAAGAAAUCUCCAGAGUUUCAAGAGAUGACAUGGUAAAGGAUACGUCUGGGCUUCGUAACUUUACCCAGUUUCUUGUUGAAGUAUCAAAUAAUUGUCCCCAAAUGAUUGUACCUUCAUUGAGUCUUCUGAUCACUUUCUUGGAUGAGGAGGUAUACUCUUUACGGAGCUGCGUCCUGUCAAUAAUGGGUUCUGUGGUGCUAAACCUGUUGAAAGGAGACAAUCUUGACCCAAAGAGCAAGGACUUGAGGGACCAGUGCUUGGAACAUCUUGAGGACCACAUACAUGAUGUUCAUGCUCUCAUGCGAAGUAAAGUUCUUCAAAUAUGGAAUGAUCUGAUACGAGAGAAGGCUGUUCCGCUGUCUCGACAACAUGAUGUACUGAAGCUGGUGUUGGGGCGGUUGUGGGAUAAGUCAUCACUUGUACGAAAGAAUGCUAUACAGCUAUUGACAGCUUUUGUGAACAGUAACCCUUUUGCUGCCAAGUUACCCCUAGAAGAACUUGAAUCUCAAUGUGCUUUGGAGUUGAAGAAACUGCAAGAGCUGUCUCCAAAUAUUGAUAUUGAUUCUUUGGGAAAAGAGGAGGCCUGUGCUGAUGAGAACACCUCACCAAGGGCAGCAUGGAUUGCCAUAGUACCUGAUGUUAUCAAAGCAGUCCAGGAAGUUUUAGAAGAUAGCAUGGAAUGCGAUGAGGAAGAGGACACCCUUGAUGAAGAAAUUGAUCUUAGUAAUGCUGUAAAGGAGGUAGCUGAAGCCUUGUCCUCCAACAAGCUGUAUCGAGCAGUCAAAUUAUUGCAGGAGGUAUUUGAAAAGUUUAGUGGAGCUGAAGUACUUAACUACAAUCCAGAGGAACAUUCUUCAAAAACAUUUGAAGCUGUUGCUGAGGAGGACCUAACAGAGAAGGAUAUAAAUUUUCUUGUGGUUCUUGAAAGGAUAUUUUUGUCAGCAAAGGAAAUGGAAAAGGCUGAGUCACCACCAGAAGAAAAAGAUGAAAUGACUGAUGAGACCAAUGAGAAAAAUGAAGAGUUAAAGUCUGAGAUCAAUAAACAGAAAAUGCUGGUUGCAUAUUUUAAGGAUUCUGUGAAGUUUGCAAAACUUAUUCAACAAGGGCUGCCUAUAAUGUGUCAACUUUUAGGCAGCAAGCAUGUUUCUGAUGUUAUGGAAGCCAUAUCAUUUUUUGUAACAGCAUUUGAGUUUGGUGUCCUUGAUGCCAUGACUGGUGUUAGGAAAAUGCUGAUGCUAGUGUGGAGCAAGGAACAAGAGGUGAAAGCAGCUGUGGUUGAGGCAUAUCGGCGCCUGUACAUCAACAGUGAUAAUCACAAUGAAAGAACACAAGCACUCCAGAUAGUUGAAAAUCUGUCGUCACUUAUUGUUGGAGCAACAAUGGGGGAACGCACCUCACUUGAAGAAAUUGUCUCGCAAUUUGUCUCCUCAGGGGACAUAACUAAGCAGUGCAUAACACUAUUAUGGGAGCGCUUUACCAAGACUCUUCCAGACACCACUGAUGAGGAGGCACAUACGGCAUUGAUUAUCCUCGCUAUGUGUGCCAAUGCUGAACAGAGCAUCAUUUUGAGCAAUUUUGAUGUUCUGACUGCCUCUGGCCUGGGUGAGCAAGGAGAGCAGGACUUUGCUCUUGUGAAGGAGACAUGCCAUGCAUUGCUGAGAGUAGCUGUUGUUAAGCCAAAAACAGAUGCACCCACAGCUCCAAAUAGAUUGGAUCGUGACCAUGAGAUCUUUAAGAGGCUGAGCAAGAUUCUCAUCCAAGGUUUGACAAAUCUCAAGGAUCGUCAGUAUUCUCCCAUGGCCUUGAAAGCUGUAUCUGUUAUAUAUGCGUUGGCUGAACACCCUGACUUGAUAUGUGAGGAAGUUAUACAGGAAAUGUAUCAGAUCUUGGAAAAUCCUAGUCAAGAUGAGGGAUCACCUCCAGACAAUACUUCAGAUAACAACUUCAGCGUACCUGCUGGUGUGCUGACUCGAUUCUGUGUUGUGCUUGGUCAUGUGGCUGUGUGCCAACUGGUCCAUCUUGACAUCUAUGUCUUCUCAGAACUGAAGAGAAGAAACAAUUUGAAGGAGGAAAUGGAAGUAGAGAAGAAAAGAAAAAAGACAAGAAAGAGCAAAAAAUCAUCUGCUAGUGAUGUCUCCAAAGGAUCACAAGAAACAGAUCUAGAUGAAGAAAUGGGAUUGGUUGGUGCUGUGGCUGAUGACACAGAGGCAGAAUAUAUUCGCUAUGUGUGUGAAACAGAGAUUAUCAACAGUGAUAAUCUUCUUGGGACUAUAAAGCCAAUGAUUUGGACACUGUGUACAAAUCCAGGCAAGUACAAGAACACAGAGCUCCAAGCUGCAAGUUCCUUAACGCUGGCCAAGUAUAUGAUGGUAUCCUCAAAAGUAUGUGAAGAAAAUUUACAGCUGUUGUUCACAAUUUUGGAGAGAUCUAAUGAAGAUGUUGUACGAGCUAACCUGGUCAUUGCCCUUGGUGACCUGUACUUCAGAUUUCCCAAUGAACUUGAGCCUUGGACACCCCGCUUCUAUGCCAGACUUCGUGACUCCUCUUCAAAAGUUCGACAGAAUACAUUGACAGUUCUAACACAUCUUGUCUUAAAUGAUAUGGUGAAAGUGAAAAGACACAUCUCUGACAUUGCUUACUGCAUUUGUGAUGAAGAUCCUCACAUCUCAGGUCUUGCAGGUCUCUUCUUCCAUGAACUUGCAAAAAAAGGAAAUACGCUGUAUAAUGUUCUGCCAGACAUGAUUUCUCGUCUCUCUGACCCUGAUGUUGGAGUCAAGGAAGAGUCUUUCAGAAGAAUUAUUGGGGAAGUACUUGCUCUGAUCCAGAAAGAUAAGCAUUGGGAGAACUUGGUUGAGAAGCUUUGCCAUAGAUUCCAAGCAACUAUCAAUGUACGUCAGUGGAGAGACAUUGCUUAUUGUCUUGCCCAGCUAGAGUUCAAUGAAAAAUGCAUAAAGAAGCUGAGUGAAAACUUUGUCUGUUAUGCAGACAAACUACAUGAACCAGAAGUUUAUGAUCUCUUUAUGGAAAUUAUAUCUAAUGUUCAAAAGAUUAUAAAGCCUGAAGUCAAGUCAGUGGUGGAAGAACUGGAAAAGAGAAUUGUGGACAGUCAUGAAAAAGGUGUAGAGGAUGAAAACAUUGCUAGGAAGGCUGGGAAUGCAAAGCUGAAGACGACAAAUAGCAAGACUGUAAGGAAGUCUGCAACAAGCAGAAGAGGAAAGAAGAGCAAGUCAGGUUCCAGUGAAUCAGAAAGUGAGGAUGAGGACACUCGUCAACAGUUGCAUCCUGUCCACAGAAGCAAGAAAGAAAACUUACGUCAAUCAUCCAGAGUUUCACACAGUAAUACAACAAAUGUGCAGCAGUGCAGUAAUGAUUCAGAGGAAAAUGAAGAGGAGGAGAAAGAAUUGCCAAGUGAUACCAGUGAGGAAAAGGAGAACAGUAAACCCUCACCACGUCAUCCUUUGAUUGUGAGCAAUUCUCAGCCUUCAAGGAGAUCAAAGAGAAGUCAUAAUCAAAGGAAAAGCUGGUUACAAAGCUGAAAGGUACAAUUUUGAUGAAUUAUGAGAAUGAAUUAUUGGGUAAUUGUACUUUAAGAUUUAUAUUUAUCAACUUAUGUUCAACUUGUAUUCUUUAGGAUUUCAUUUAGCAUUUAGUUUGACAGCUUAGUUACUUUCAUCAGAACUUUUGAUUGGGAAGUACAGUUUUAACUGUUGUUUUUUAAUACGUGACUGUUAGUAUCUUUGUUCUCACAAAAUACAAUAAUAUUGCAGAUUCUCUUGAUUAUGUAUGAAUAAUGUACUGGGGUCACACCUGAGAUGUUCGUUAGAAUCCUGGGCCAGCAAACAAGGGUUUGUUUUGUAUUACACUGUUGCUCCUGUUCACUUGGCUAUUAGUAAAUACAAAACAGGGCAAAAAAUUACAACCUUGUUUUCUGAUGGGAGUGGAAGCCUAGCAAUCCCAUGUUUAUGUCACAUCCUGUGGGGCAUUAAAGGCAAGGUAUAAGAUUAAAUUCAAACCUCUAAAAAAUGUGAUAGGGAUACAUAGCUUGGCUGUCUUAUGAGAAUAAUGUGAUCAUGUUUUCUUGCAUGUUCAUGAAAGAUUAUUGAAAGGUACAAAGUGAGGAGAUUAGGAAUCCUUUCCUAUAUACUUUAAUUCCUUAAACAAGGUGUUAUACAGAUGCCUUAUCUUGGCUUCCCUUGCCCCUCUUAAGGGGAAUGUCAGCCAGAUAACCAAUAUAGAUAGAUUUACAUAAAAGUAUUAUAUAUAUGGAGCCACUUCUCUUGGGGAAGGAUUGAAGGGAGAAAAAUUUGAUCUAACAUGUGAUAAUGGCCCUGCUUGUCACAAGAGUGACAGGUUCAUACCUUGAUUUAAAUGCAAAGACUUUCAAUGAAAGAACACUGUCCUUGAGGAAGAGUACAAGAUAUUUAAUCUGAAAUGCUAUUGAUCAUAUACCACCUACUCGUAUAUGAGCUUGAAAUCCAUUCUGAGAGGAUAAUAGCUAGUGAUCAAGUGUGAUCUUCAUAUGAUCCUUAAGAGUAUAGUGAAUUAUGCAUGUGCACACACACACACACACACACAUUAGAAGUUCACAUUUUAUUUAGUAUUUAUAUGAAAAUUAUGAAUUAUCAUGGAGUGUAGUACUAUAGCUAUUUGUUCUAUGGAGUUUUUAGAAUUAGUCUCUGACAAAUAUUCUUAUUAAAAAGAAAAAAUA